AUGGAGGCUCAGACAGUUGCGAGACGGAUCGUGGAAGAGGUAAUCUCUAGGUUUGGAGUUCCUGUGUCCAUUCACUCUGACCAAGGCCGUCAGUAUGAAAGUCUUUUGUUUAGUGAAGUAUGCAAGCAUUUACAGAUCCGAAAGACAAGAACCACACCACACCAUCCUCAGUCUGAUGGUAUGGUGGAACGGUUCAAUAAGACGUUAGCCACCAUGUUGAGUAGUUAUGUUAGCGAGAACCAUCGGGAUUGGGAUGAGAACAUACCCUUUGUAAUGAUGGCAUAUAGGGCAUCACAGCAUGAAUCAACUGGAUACUCCCCAAACAUGUUGAUGCUUGAUAGAGAAACUGCUACCCCUCUGGACAUCAUAUAUAAUAUGCCUGCAUCCUGGAAACAGGUUCUUGCAAAAGUCUCUGAGGUCCUGUAUAAGCUCAACUGUGGACGCAAUGGAAACGGACAGGUGGUUAAUUGCGACAGAAUAAAAGCAUGUAAAUCUCAAGUGCUCAGAGGCGAGGAUCCAGACCUAGGGCACGAAAGUACGGAGCUGGAGACAAGUGAUUCUUCAAAUGUUGAAAUAGAUCUUGAGAAUCAGGAUGAUGACUUUGGGUCAUCUAACAAAAAUAUUGAAGUCACAGAUGAAUUAGCUGGUGAUAGGAGACCAAGACGCGAAAGGCGUACCCCUACUUGGCUUAAAGAUUAUGUUCAGGAUUAG